AUGGCAGACUACACAAUAGCUACAUCAUCUGUAGUAGAAAUGGAAGAAAGUAAGAACCAAGAGCCUGAAGAGAAAAACGACAGGCUCAUCGCCAUCAAUCAUCAGCUAAACGAAAUUCAGGACAAAAUCAUGAACUGGAAAAAGGAUGAAUCAUAUACUGAAGCUCACGAGUAUAUGAAAGCAGCCGAUCAAGCUCGGAAAUUGAUCCACACCUUGGAAAAUAUUCCAACAAACACAAACAACACCUUACAGGUUAAGGCCCACGAAGUUCUCGAGACGUUAAUGUCCCGGCUCGCGGACGAAUUCCGGCACCUACUGGUGCAUAACAGACAGCCUAUUGAGUUUUGCUCGAGCGAGGUUGAAAAUAUCGAGGCAGAGCCGGCCCCUGAAGACCCCGCCAUCGAGCUGAUGUGUCCGGACGUGAUCUCGAUCCUUAGAAGCAUCACCAAUUUCAUGUUUGAUUCGAACUACGGUCGGGAGUGCUCUCGGGUGUUUGUGGAUGUUCAGAGAGACGCGCUACACGAUUGCCUUCUCAGGCUCAGGGUGAAAAAGCUCACCUUAGAGGACGCGUUGAAGAUGGAGUGGAGCCCGCUCUACUCGAGAACCCGACAGUGGGUGCGGGCCGUGAAGCUCUUUGUGCGCGUCCACCUGGCGUUCGAGAGGCUGCUGGCCGACCAUGUCUUCGUGGACCUCGGGCCCACGGUGGGGCCCACAUGCUUCGCCGAGUCGUCCCGGGCUCCUUUCCUUUGCCUUCUGACCCUUGCCAGGGCCAUUGCCGUCGGGCUCCCCAAGCCGGAGGAUUUGACUCAGAUCCUUGACGCGCGUGAGGCCCUCGCGGGCCUUGCCCCUGACGUUGUGGCUCUGUACCUCGGUGGGCCCGGCCCGUGCAUCUGGGCCGAAUGUGUGGAUGUCAUCGGGCGGCUGGGCGGGUGUGCGCGGGCUGCCUUCCUUGAGUUCGAGAGCUACGUGGGGUCCGCCUCGGCCAUCCCGUUGCCGCCGGGGGGUGGGGUCCACUCCCUUACAAAGUACGUCAUGGACAACAUCGUGUCCCUGACGGACUACCGUGAGACCCUGGACGAAGUCCUUCGGGAUCUCGAGGGCCCGCCAGGGGAGGACGAGUCGCUGAUGGCCCGACACUUUAAGGCCUUGAUGUCGGGCCUGGAGCACAAAUUGGAAGAGAAAUCGGGCAAGUACCGGGACAAGGCCCUGCAGCACGUCUUCUUGAUAAACAACGUGCAUUAUAUGGCAGAGAAUGCAAAGAAUUCCAAGCUUAGGAUGGUACUCGGGGACGACUGGAUACAUGAGCACAAUAGACAGGUUCAACAGCACGUGAUGAAUUACAAGCGUGCCACCUGGAGCUCAAUUCUUGCUUUGCUGAGGCAUAAGGAGCUGACACUACUGCCCGCAAACUACCCUUUGCAGACUCCUAUCAAGGGGAAGCUGCAAGAGGUUUACCAUGCAUUUGAGGAGGUUUACAAGAGCCAGACGGGUUGGUCUGUCUGGGACAGUGAGUUUAGGGAAGAUCUUAGGAUCUCGACCUCUACUAUAGUGGUCCUGUAUUACCGGACUUUUGUCGGGUUGUUUGAGAAUAACAUUAGCAACGUUAAGGAUGUCAAGUAUACGAUCGAAGAUUGGGAGGAUUACAUUCGGGAACUUUUUGAGAGGUCCCCAGAAUUGUUACUCGGACACAAGAGGUGA